AUGCGCAACCUUCGCAACAUUCGAUUUGGACGAUGCGAUCGCCAACAUGUCACAGCUGCCUGCUGGGAUCCUGAGAGCGAUGAGGUGCUCUGCACCGCGGGGCCUACCGAGGAGAGCAGCAGUAUCGAGUUGCUGAGGAUCAAGGGUGAUCAGGACAUUUCUGUCGAGUUGGUGGCGAGUUGGGAUGCGCCCAGCCCGACCCCGGACUUGCUCAUCGACAAGGUCGUGAGCUUGCAGUAUCUGAGUGGUUCAGCAACCACAUGCAUCGUCCUUGAAGGCGGCGACAUCUACACCGUUCAAGAGGACAAGUUCUCUGGUGGAGAUCCUCACAUAGAGAUUGUCGGCUCCAUCGAUGCCGGCAUUUCUGCUGCGCGAUGGUCCCCAGACGAGGAGUUGCUUGUCGUUGUCACCAAGGCAAACACGGUCAUCCUGAUGGGCGCAACAUUUGACCCUGUGGCUGAGGUUACCAUGACGGCCGAGGACCUUAAAGCGUCAAAGCAUGUCUCUGUGGGAUGGGGAAAGAAGGAGACGCAGUUCCAGGGCCGUGGUGCCAAGGCUAUGCGUGAUCCCACCAUCCCUGAGAAGGUUGACCAGGGCUUGCCGAGCGCCCAUGAGGAUGGCUCGACUACCAUCAGCUGGAGAGGAGACGGCGCAUAUGUGGCCAUCAACUCUGUUCAGGAGGGUGAGCGUCGUGUUAUCCGGGUGUACUCUCGAGAGGGCGAGCUUGACAGCGCAAGUGAACCUGUUGAUGGCCUUGAGGGUAGUCUAAGCUGGAGGCCCUCUGGCAACCUCAUGGCUGGCAUUCAGCGAUUGCCAGACCGGAUAGAUGUUGCCUUCUUUGAGAGGAACGGCUUGCGGCAUGGACAGUUUACUCUUCGCUCACCUUCGGGACCAGUGACAGCUCACGAAAGGAUACGUCUGGAGUGGAACUCGGACUCGACUGUCCUGGCAGUUAUCUACAAGGACCUAAUCCAGUUGUGGACCAUGGGAAACUACCACUGGUAUCUCAAGCAAGAGAUCCCUAUCCAGCCAGACUCUACAUGCUUGGCCUGGCAUCCUGAAAAGGCUCUCCGCUUCGCCGCUGCGUCGACGACCAACGUGCUGGUUGGCGAGUACAUCUUUUACACAGCGAGGGGAUCUUGUCAGCCGCCAAACGACAACGGUGCUGUAGCUGUCAUUGACGGCGAAACAGUCAAGUUGACUCCCUUUCGAACAGCCAACAUACCUCCGCCCAUGUCCAUGUUUGAGAUUUCAGUUGCCUCAGCGGCUGUUGAUGUCGCAUUUGGACCUAACAACACCACCUUUGCGGUACUGCACCACAAGGGUAUCGAUUUUUAUGAGUGGCCCAUGAAGAAUGGGAGGUCUAUCAAGCCGCAGCUUCAGCACAAGCAUGCUUUUCCCGAACACGAGACGCCAACGUAUGGUGUGCCCCUGCGCAUCGCUGCUGUCGGUGACGAGUUUCACAUCUUUGCCCAGGAAGAGAUGGGCUUCGUCCACAUUGCCAGACGAGCCGGAGAUGAUAGCCCCCCCCACCUGCAGGAACCGGACGACGUUGUGCUAGCUACCACCACGUACCAAGAUGGCUCUUCCCUCGAAGCCUAUGGACAGAACAGCUCAGGAGAGCUGCUCCAGAUCACCACCGACGGUGGCCUUCAGCCUCUUCCUAUACGGUUCCAUACGCAGAUGCCCUGGUUCGAGAUUAGCAAGGUUGAUGGCGAGAUUGUUGCAUUUGGCCUUUCAAGGAAUGGUCACAUCUAUGCCAAUUCACGGCUCCUUGCCAAGAACUGUACCUCUUUCGUCCUCACACCCAGCCAUCUCAUCUUUACUACCAACAACCACUUUGUCAAGUUUGUGCAUCUAUCUGCCAACGUCGAGGAGCUCGAAGUCCCUGCAGACGACCCUGAAAAGGAUGAGCGAUGCCGCAGCGUGGAACGUGGAUCUCGUCUUGUCACUGCCAUUCCUGCAAACAUGAGUAUCAUCCUCCAGAUGCCCCGAGGAAACCUCGAGACCGUCUUCCCCAGAGCCAUGGUUGUGGCGGGUAUCCGCAGCCUCAUCGAUGAGAAGAACUAUGCGCGGGCCUUUUCGUACUGCCGGACGCAACGAGUUGAUAUGAACAUUCUCUAUGAUCAUCAGCCGGAGCAGUUCUUGGCCAAUGUCGGGCUGUUCCUUGAUCAGAUCCCAGAUGUUACCUUCAUUGAUCUGUUUCUCUCUUCUCUCCGGGCCGAGGAUGUCACCCAGACCAUGUACCAAGACACAAAGCGACCCAAGGCUCUCGACGUAGAUGCUCUCCCCACAUCUGAUUCUUCCCCUGCGCCUAGAGGUUCCCCGGAAAAAGUCAACACUGUGUGUGAUGCGCUUAUCAAGGCCCUCCAGAGCCGCAAGGACACCAACCUCCAAAACAUCAUCACCGCACACGUGUGCAAGUCGCCACCAGCUCUUGACGAUGGCCUUCUCCUUGUUUCGGAGCUGAUGAAGGAGGAUGAAAAGGUUGCUGAAAAGGCUGUUGAGCACAUCUGCUUCUUGGUCGAUGUCAACCGCCUAUACGAAAACGCUCUUGGCUUGUACAACCUGGAACUCGCCCUCUUGGUCGCUCAGCAGUCUCAGCGCGAUCCUCGUGAAUACCUCCCCUUCGUUCAGCACCUUCACGCUCUCCCCGAAUUGCGUCGCAAGUUCGAGAUUGAUGAUCACCUCGAACGUCGUAUCAAGGCUCUCAACCACCUCCAGGCCCUGGAUGUCUUUGACGAGCUUCUAACCUACACGACAAAGCAUGCUCUCUAUCAUGACGCCCUCCGCCUCUACCGUUACGAUCCCCCUCGACUACGUGCCCUGACAGACGCCUACGCCGCGUACCUCGAGUCCACCUCGAAAUACCGCGAAGCAGGUCUCGCCUAUGAGUCUCUCGAGAACUACGCCAAGGCCACCAGCUGCUAUCGAACUGCCGGUGCUACAUGCUGGCAGGAAUGUCUCUACACUGCAGCACAGCAACAACCCCCCAUGUCAGCUGAUGCAAUGGCUGAGCUCGCUAAUGCCCUCGCUGAUGCGCUCUGGGAGGCCAAGGACUAUGCGGCCGCUGCUACUAUCCACCUCGAAUCCCUAGGAGCUAUCGACAUGGCUGUCCGCUGUCUCUGCAAGGGGUACCACUUUGCGGACGCGAUCCGUAUCCUCAUUCAGCGCAACCGUCCCGAUCUUCUCACCACAGCCGUCGAUACUGGCCUUGCUGAUGCUCUGGGCACAACUACCGAGUUCCUAGCUGACUGCAAGGCCCAGCUUAAAGCCCAGGUACCCCGUGUCGCUGAACUCCGCCGUAAGGCCGCUGAGGACCCCCUGGCCUUCUACGAGGGUGAGCGUGCUGGUGGAGGCGACAUACCCGAUGACAUCUCCAUCGCCGCCUCGUCUCGCGUCAGCACCAGUGCCUCUCUCUUCACGCGGUACACGGGCAAGGCCGGCAGUGUGGGCACCGCCGGUACUGGUGUGAGUCGUGCAACGAGCAAGAACCGUCGUCGCGAGGAGAAGAAGCGUGCCAGGGGCCGCAAGGGUACCGUCUACGAGGAGGAGUACCUCGUCAACAGUAUCCGCCGCCUUAUCGAGCGUGUAAGCGCCACGGCCCCUGAUGUCGAGCGCCUCGUCUUUGCGCUCGUUCGCAGAAACAUGCCUGAGCGUGCCCGUGCAGCCGAGGCUCUUAUGGCUGAGGUCUCAGAGGCCUGCACUACUGCCGUUGCAGAGGUGUUUAACCCACCUGAGAGCGAGGACAAGAAGCCGGAGCAGGAGGAACCGACAUGGCAGGCUACAGGGGGUGAAGCGGUACUACAGGAUUUCGUGCUAGGACGGGGUAAGAAGCUGGAGCCGCCUGUUGUGACAGGCUUGAACAAGCUUACACUGCUGGGAUCGUAA